AACCAUUAUUCCAUUUCAAUAGUUUUACACAUCGUUCUCUCCUUCUCUGUGCAGCAACUAUGGCGACCUACGGCAGAAGCUCAUCUUCUGACCCCACGAGGAUGGUAACGUUAAAAACCUCAGACGGCGAGGAAAUCAAGGUGCCAGUAGCGAUUGCGAUGAAGUUCGUCCCAGUGAGAGAAUUCUUCAUGGGCGACCUUGAUCGCCCUGAAGCGGAGAACGCCGCCCCUUUCCCUCUCUCAAACGUGGACAGCUUGACUCUCGCCGAGAUCGUCUUCUUCAAUCAGAGAUCGCUCUACUUUCGCUCGAAACUCAGAGAGAUUGUGGAAAAAGAGCCGUUGUGGGAGCUCCUUUUGAAAUACUGGCCAGUGGAGAAAGAGAUGCAGCAGUUCGAGGCGUGGUUUUUUGGCCGGCAGAGCGACGAGACGAUCGUUAAGCUGGUUAAGGCGGCGGACUUCUUGGAGAACAAGGAACUGCUGGAUUCCGUGAUGCCGAGCUUUAGGAAGAGGUUUGGACUUGGAGACGACAAGGGCGUUGGCUUUGUUUAUACGGCUGAAGUAGAGGCAAUCCUUCUCAGGAGGGCCGCGUCGGCUUCUGGGGGGGCCAGAUUUUGAAGGCGUCGAUGAGGAUCAACAGAUCGAGACAACAUGGUAGAUGCAUUCGUGGGCUUUUUUGUGCAGGCAGAUUGAUGCACAGCACAGGGAAGACAAUUUGGGUUUCGAACAGAGGAAGGAAUUUCAGGCCCAAUAACUUCAUCCACAACAAUUACUCAAUUGCAAACCCAUUCCAGCAGCUACAACAUAUGCGGGGCAACUCUUUUAUAUGAAUUGGAAUGAUAUGAAUUACUUGCAACUCUUUAAUUUGGGGCCAGUAUGGUU